UUUAAAUGCAGUUCACUGUUUUGUUCUGAUUGUCGCACGUGUUAGAUAUCCCAUAUUAAAACACGGAUUUUUAUUAAAAAAAAGGUGUCCUUAAAAUACAGUUUCUAAGUAUAAAUUUGUUGUCAAUAAUUCGGUUUUGGCAAUAAAGUGCAAAUUAAAAUUAUUCUUUCGACAAAUAGCAGUGGCUUAGUGUUCUCAUUUCCGUUCCAAAGAAAAGUGAUUAAAUAAUUAAAGCUGAAUAUUUUUUUAUUUUUAUUUAUCAAUCGAACAAUUUUUUAAGAAGGAUGAUGCCAAUUCAUAUUAUGAUGCGUUUUAUUGGGGUUGGAAUUGUAGUUACUUUAAUGGUAAUGUCGAAAGCAGACGCUGUCCCAGUGCCCAGUCACACAAAUGUCCUAUACAAUGAUUUCAAUGAAGUUCCCGACGAUAUUUUGGUAGACUUGAUGAAUCGUUUUGGGCAGACAAUUUUAAGAGCACGAAGUGAUCUAGAAAAUUCAAAGCGAACAGUAGAUUUUGGACUUGCUCGUGGUUUUUCGGGGACACAAGAAGCCAAACACCGAAUGGGAUUAGCUGCAGCAAACUUCCCAGGUGGUCCAGGAAGAAGACGACGCUCAGAAACUGAAGCUUGAAUCAACUAUAUAAGUAACUAAAUGUAACUUAUACGACUUUUUAGUUUUAUUUCAGUUUUUUUUAUUAAAAUUACUUAUUGAUGAUGACGCAAUGUAAAAUGUAAUAUAACAAAAAUAGCAAUUAACUUGCAAAUAUUUAUAACAAUUAUUAUUAUUUUAAACAUUUGUAUUACUACCAAAAAAAAAAACAAAUGCUUUUUUAGAAGAAAUACAAACUUUUGCAAUAAUAAACAUAAAACUUAAAAAUUAACGAAAAAAAAAGGU